UCGAAGACAAAUUAUGUCCAACCUGGAUCAGUCUCAACAUGUCAUCCGAUGAGACACAAAAUGCACGAAACUAUUUUUUUUCAACGUCCAGGUUACCAGGAGUAAUUGGAUGUGUUGACGGGACCCAUAUAGGAAUCGUUGCUCCGAUUGAGUUACGUCAUCAGUAUCUUAACCGAAAAGGAUAUUACAGUUUAAACGCAAUGAUAGUAAGUGUUUUCCUUGAGAAUAGCUUUUGUUUUUUAAUGCAAGUUUUUAAGGCGUGUGACCAUAACAUGUGUAUUCGUUAUGUUGACGCAAGAUAUCCUGGAUCGACCCAUGAUUCCUUUGUAUGGAACUGCAGUAAUCUUAAGUCAGUUCUUGAAACGUGGUACCAAAGAGGAGAACGUUCAAUGUUCCUUGGAGACGCCGGUUACCCACUAUCGUCUUGUUUGCUCACUCCUUUCAGAAACGUAAGUUCCGGUUCAAGGCAGUCUUUAUUCAAUAAGCAACACGCCAAAGGCAGAAAUAUAAUAGAAAGGACUAUUGGCGUUCUUAAGAGUCGAUUUCGCUGUCUUUUAAAUGAAAGGAAAAUGCAUUACGCUCCUUCAAAGGCAAAACAAAUUGUGAAUGCAUGCUGUGCCUUGCAUAACAUUUGUAUAAAAUACCGAGUUACAGAUCCCGAGAUUGUAGAAGAGGAAAUAUCUUUACCAACAGAAGGAAUACAACUCGAAACUCCAAGCAGUGCUGAAGCCGAACGCAGAAGAAAUCAAAUAAUGGAAUCUCUGUAAAUAAAAAACAA